AUGACGCCUCUCCGUGUCACAGAUGGCAAACCCUGCGCCGAGGUCAUUUGCGCCUGUCACCACUGCCACUACUGGCAAAACACGCCUCGUCGUCCGUUCGGUGUCAACCUCCAUUGCGAACUCUGUGGUUACUCUUUGCCAUUUCUUUCUCAAUGCCUUCGAGAUUGCAAACUCUCCAUCUUGAUCCACGUGAGCGGCAACGGAGCUCAUAGGAGAAGCACCAGCAGAGGACGGCGACAACAAUGCAUCCAGAGGGUGGGCGUGACGCUGGAUGACAGGCACUAUGCGAGGUUGAGGUUGAGGUUGGUCAGCGGAGGGGCACUGAUUCAAGGGGACAGGAGACAAGAGGGCUCAGGAUCCCAUCCUAAGUGA